AUGAUAUCAAAACAUUUGACAAUAUUUUUAAUCCUUCCAGAUUCUAAACUUAAAAAAUCUACCAAGAACAAAUCCAAUCAAGUUAAAUCAACUAAGAAAACAAGGUCUAAGAAGAUAAUUAAAGUAUAUGACCCGAAGCCUAAGAUUAAAAAGGGAUUGAAAUCCUAUGCAUUUGUGAACUUGCGUAGGAUUCCUGUUCCACCUAACCGAAUGACUCCUUUACAGAAUAACUGGGAAAAUAUAGUGAGAACUGUUGUGGAACGACUAGAGUUACAAAUACGUAUGUGUACAAAGACUAAGUGCGUUGAGGUCAGACCUUCCCGUGAGGGUAUGGACUUGUCUCUUCUUCAGAAGGCUCAGGAUUAUAUAAGAGCAUUCAUGUUGGGAUUUGAACUAAAGGAUGCUGAAGCAAUACUAAGGCUGGAGGAUAUAUUCAUAGAAAGCUUUGAGAUAAAUGAUGUUAAAAGGCUCCACGGAGAUCACCUGUCCAGGUGUAUUGGAAGGAUUUCAGGGAAGGAUGGAAGAACUAAACAUGCAAUUGAGAAUAUGACGAAGACUAGAGUUAUACUAGCCAAUAAUAAGAUACACAUAAUGGGAAGUUUCAAUAGCAUUAAACUUGCUAGGCACUCAAUUUGUAGCCUAAUACUGGGAAGUCAACCAGGGAAAGUAUACAACAAUUUAUGUAAUUCAGCAAAAAGACUAAGAGAAAGGAUUUAG